CAUCGCCUCACACUCCAUCCCAGUAGGUGGCGGAAUAUGCAACAAAAGCUGGUUUGCUAACCGCCAUUAAACAUCAUAAGAAGAAGAACGCAAGGCAUUGUGGGUUUUUAGGACACGGAAGCUGCAUAGGGACAGUAGGCGGGCAUCGGAGUUUCUUUUGUUAUACAACAAAAACACGCAGGAAUGGUGAACUCUUGCUGUGUUAUUAACUGCAAUAACCGUUCGCAGGAUCGGUAUGGAAAACGCAUUUUAAAUGGAGUGCGAUUUUUCAGCUUUCCAGCUUGGAAGCAACACCUUGGAAAUCAGAUCUCCGAGUUAACAAAGAGGCGUCGCAUGGCAUGGGUAUCAGCCAUAAGACGCAAAGACAUCACCUUCGACAACAUUUCCCGACACAUGUUUGUGUGUUCACGGCAUUUUCUCUCAGGCAAACCAGCCUAUGAAAUGCUUGAGUGUCAUCCUGACUGGGUGCCGUCAUUACAUCUCGGGCACACAGAGGUCAAAGCGACGCGUCCUGAGCGGUUUACCCGUAGGUCAAAGAGACAGAAAGCUCGCGCACAGAACAACGCUGCACCUGCAACAUCACCAGCUCUACCAGACCUGAAAUUGGAGAUGGAUGUAGAUGUACCACUGAUAAAAGAUCCACCAGCAGAUGAAGAUCCACCAGCGGAUGAAGAUCCACCAUCAAAUGAAGAUCCACCAUCGGAUGAAGAUCCACCAUCGGAUGAAGAUCCACCAUCGGAUGAAGAUCCACCAUCAGAUGAAGAUCCACCAUCAGAUGAAGCUUCACAGAGCUUACAGAUGGAUGAAGCUGCAUCAACGUACGACCUUGAAGAACAGCAGGAAUGUAGUUUUUGUAGCUGCAGACGUGCUGAAAUUAACCGCUUAUUAGAGGAGAACAGGCAACUGAAGGAAGAGCUCUCCCAAAAGACAAUGUCUGAGGAUUUUUUGGGAGAUGAUGAAGAGAGGGUCAAAUACUACACUGGGCUGCCAUGUUUUGCUGUUCUGAUGGGUGUGCUGACGCAGCUUCUUCCUUGCCUACCACGGACAGGAUGCAAACUUUCGCCUUUUCACAUGCUCUUUUUAACUCUGAUGCGCCUAAAGCUGAAUCUGCCAAUCCAACACAUUGCACACCUCUUCUGCAUAGAUCAACAGACAGUGUCCACCACAUUCAGAGACACCAUAAGUGCAAUGUUUACACACCUCAGCCCUUUGGUGCACUGGCCAGAGAGAUAUUGCUUGAAGGGCAGCAUGUUACAACAGUUUGUAGAAGCUUUUGGCAAUCAUGUUGCAGUGAUCGUGGACUGCUUUGAAAUGAAUGCAGAGAGAGCAUCAAAUCAGAGAGCUAUAGCUCAGAGAUCUUCACAAAAGCACACGCUAAAGUAUCUCAUUGGCAUUACACCACGUGGAGCUAUUGCUUUCGUUUCUAAAGGGUGGGGAGAUGGUGUCAGUGACAAGUAUAUUAUUGAGAGUAGUGGCCUUCUUGAUAAACUGUUGCCUGGAGACUUGGUGUUGGCGGAUCGAGGGUUUGACAUCAGGGAGAACGUCGGACUAAUGUGUGCAGAAGUGAAAAAACAAAAGCUGGUUACGAAAGAUGCAGAGGAGACACGCAAGUUAGCUCACCUCAGGGUCCACUUGAACAGGGUGGUGGGAUGUGUGCGCAGAAAGUACACCAUGCUAAGUGAAGCCGUACCGGUGAGCAUGAUCGCCCCAUGUGAAGACGAGGACAUGAUGUUCCUUGACAAGGUUGUGACUGUGUGCUGUGCCCUGACUAAUAUGUGCCCCAGUGUUAUGAAACUGUAAACCAUGACAUGAACUGUACACAUGACAUAAAACAAACUCAAUGUGAACUGUAUAUUCUUCAUUACUUUGUCACGUUAUAAUAAUAAAUGAUGAAA